CGGAGACCGGCUGCCAGUACAGUAUUGGACGUCGUACACGAUUCCGGCUUUCUGGCCGCUUGAUCAUUCAGGCGCGGACUGUUCGACCGGUCGUUUUUCAAUAUUAAAAGAAGUCAUUCGGUUGCUGAAAUUGACGCCGAUUGUUUGAUCUAGGUGCGGGCAGAUUGUUAAUGUCAGAGAUAUAUCGUGAAAAAAACGAAGUCGCAGGACGAGAUGCAGUUCUCCUUUCGUAAUAACUGUAGCUAGCCAACAGGCAAUAGCCAAGCACCCGGUGCCUUUUUCAUGGAUCGGACAAUGGCAAAAGGGAGAGCAGCCGUGAUAUUCUCGAUUGUGCUCCUGGCUGUUGCGUGCCUUCAUUCUGUCGCGGGGGUCAAGGUCUACACGGAGGUUGCGUCCUUGAACGAGACCGCGCGCCACAAUGACGACAUCGUCGAAGAGAACGAGGUGUCGCUUUCUCACGAAUCUGAAAACAAAACUGACGAGCUCCUGCGUGAUCAUCCGCACAAUAUGCAUGGAAAACCAACAAAGUUUGACAUCGAGCCUCACGUGGACGACAAAGCAAAUUAUCAGAUCGAGCCGACGAAGAUGGCUAAUGUUACAGCUAAUCCAGUUGAAAUAAAUUCAACGACCAGUCAAUCUCCGUUAAAUUCGACAGAAUGCAGAGGGAAGCUCACGGUCUCCUGUAUACGGAAGGAUUUCUCGAAGUUUUUAGAUCAACUCUCGAGGGUUGACACGUACAACGUAACGGACUCUGUGCAGAUAAUAAGAAACCCUGAAACCAGCGUCGCGUGCAACGAUCAGAAGAAAGACGAUCCGGAUUUGAAUCUUCUGGACAAGGUUCAUCGUUACGCCAGGACACACGUGAUGAAGAUACAGCUGAAUAAGGAUCUGAAUCUUGCAAGGAAAGCCAGGACGUUCUUCGGUUCCGUGUUUCAGGGAAAGAGUUCCUUUUUAACAGGAUUCGGACUUGGUUUUCUAGCAUUCGGUCUGAAGAAACUGUUGCUCCCCCUGUUCUUCGGCAUACAAAUAAUUAAGAGCGUGUUACUCGCUCUUUUCCUACCCAGCAUCAUCGGCAGCAUUGGUAAUAUCGUUGGAAAAGGUGUUUCCUCCUUCGCGCAAUCUUCGCAUGCCGCACCCGUGGCCGGAUCGGAAGAGAAUUUCGAGUUCAAGGAUAAUGCUGAUCUUUAUAAUGAUGACUAUCUGACGCGACAACCGGUAGGCACGUUACCAGCAUCCGCCAUGUACGACGAGAGUAUGAUGCAGACGCAGAAAACUCCGGAUAUUGCGAACCGCUAUGGAUUUGUCGAUUCGAGAAUAUCUCACGCAAAUGCGAUUUCGGAUCGUUACUAUACGCGACACGUGGCUGCACACGGACUUUCUAAGAAACAGGAUUUUAAGGUCUUCCACGAGAUCCCGACGAGCUCUUUGCUUUUGACGAACUACGACCCGUUCUACUCGCCCCUGCUGUCACGUCUAGACGCCGUUUUCUCCCGCCUCGGCCACAACACGGAAGGCUGCAGGGAGUACGCGGUGUGCGCGAUGUAUCGAAGUCCCGCGCGUUUCGCGCCAUACUCAAACCUGGUCUCUGCUCAGCUGUCCAGGGAGCUGAACGAGCUGAGGAAACCCAGCAGCGACAAUCCCGACGUUCUGCGUUUCUUCAGAUACAUGAAGGCCGCCAAGGACGGCCAGGAUGGCGUCAAGUGCGAAGAGAUUUAUGCGAAUUGUGCGAACGCUCGUGAAGAUCAAACCCUGAAGCAAAAUCAGGCGAUGCUCGCGACGUAUCAAGAUAUUAACAAGCUCGUUCAGGCCAGAAAGAUCUGAGAACGUCAACUUAUUUUCGUUAUUGCUAUUAUUAAUUGCAAACGCAAUAAAAAGAGGAGACGCGUCUCAGAUCGCUUCGUUGAAUAUGCGAGCUUAGAAGCCUAUAAUUCUAAUCGGAUGCACUAGAGCAAUCGCUAAGAAAGAUUUAGCGUUUGUUCUAAUGAUUGAACAUUCGUUCGUAGAUAUUGCGCGCGAGUAAAGUUUGUAGGUAUUCUUAGUGGUGGAUUACUACGGUCGCACGAAGCGUUCGUUUGGAGCUUUAAGAUGCAAAAUUUCGAUUUUUCUUUGUCCAAAAAUUUGAUUAACUUUUAGAAUAAAAAUAAUAUUUAAAAGUUAUCAAAAUAAUUUUAAUUUUUAACUUUGGGAUAUAGUCAUCUUAGAUAAGAGAAUCCGAAAUUAAUUUGCGUUUGAAGCUCCUGAGACAGUUUUAAUUCGCCAUUAUACGAACCUUCAAUUAAACAAGAGCUCUUGAUGUACCAUACACAGUUUCCUAAAUUAUCAUUUGUAGCAAGGAUUCAAUGUUGAUAUUAUAUCACGCAUCUGUAACUUUUUAAAGUCUCAGAACUGUUAUUAAUUAUUCUUACAAAAAUUCAGAAUUAAGUUUAUAAUGAUUAAAAUACAUUUUUUGUCAUACAU